AUGGCCGCCCCGUCUUCGACCGCCGCCCUCGCACCUUGGCGGUCGAGGUUCGAGGCCACCGUCGUUGACCCGCUCCUGGCUGGCUUUCGCGACGCCUCCUCCGGAACCGAGUUUGUGGUCCACGAGGGGGAGCGCCCGGCGGUCCGGGCGGUGCUGCUCCACAUGUACCUGGAGGCUCGGACGCAGUGGCAGGCCUGGUCCGCCCAGCGGGCGGCGGCCAUUGGGGCGAUCACGCCUCCGUCUCCCUCGGCAUCCGCCCUGCCUGCCUUGCCGCUUCCGCCGGUUGCCGCCGCAGGCCCGCCCCCCAAGUCCUUCGACGCCUGGGGGCCCCUGGUCAAGGCCUACAACGACAAGCUCCUCUCGAUGGCAAGCCCAGGUCCUUGCCCGCGAGACGCCUGGCAGGGGCUGAUGCGGACCUGGACAUCCGGGGACGAGCUAAAUCGCCUGGCGGUUCCCCACAAAAAGGCCGGAUCCCUCCACAUCGUCGGGGGAAGCCUAGUCGCCGCGGACGACAAGCGGCCGUGGGAGCCUCGCGGCGUCAUGUCCGUCUUGGACGGGCUGGAGGCGGUGAUCCUGACCACAGAGGUCACCGCCGAUAUCAUGGCAGACACCUCCUCCUGGCUGGAGGCCAUGGCCACGCCGCCGCCUCGACCCCAGCCCAAGAAGCCCGCCAGGCCACAGCCGCCCCCUAAGGCCGAGCCGGACCAAGGGGCGGACUGGACCCCCCCUGCCCAGAAGUGGCAGCGCACGGGGAAGGGCAAGAAGGGGCAGAAAGGCCAGAAGGGCGGUAAGAAAGGAAGCAAGGGC